AUGGAGAUAUCUUCUCAAAAACUUUCACAUGUAAGUUGGAUGGAGAAGAAAGAAAUUCUUAAGAAUAUUUUGAUCAGGAUUCUUGAUACUCUAGGGAAGAUUUGGAAAAAUCCAGCUUUUAGUCCUAAAUUUGCUAAAACACAGAGUGAGAGAACAUAUGUUACAGAUAUCAUUGGCAGAACCGUGGCUAGCAAAGACAGAAGAGGAGAAAGAGGAAAACGUCCAGAUAUUAUGUUUAUAGCUAGGCAUGAGGAGAGAAUUUACGAAUUAAUAUUUGCUGAAUGUUCUCGUAUUGUUUGUAGCGACGAAAAAGAAGAUGAUGAUAGAGUAAAAUUGUGGCGUGAACUUAAUGACGGACUUUAUUGGGCGAAUAGGGGGUGUAGAUUAGAUGAAAAUGAGUUUGGCAUUCUCGGAUUCCAAGUUGCAGGACGAAAGUUUAAUCUAACACGUGGAAGUGAUAAGAGUAGUUCGACAAUAUCAUCUCCCCCAUAUGAUAAUUAG